AUGUAUGCUUAUAAAUCCCGAAAAACAAACAAAAAGAAGCAAUUGACGCAGGCAGAAGAAGCAACCACAGAUCUCAUGUCAAGCCAGGGGGUGAAGCUAGUGGGAUUCUGGGCGAGCUCAUUUGUCUUGAGGGUAGAGUGGGCUCUGAAACUGAAGAGUAUUGAGUAUGAGUACAUAGAAGAAGACAUCUUCAACAAGAGCCCUUUGCUCUUGGGGCUCAACCCUGUGCACAAGAAGGUCCCUGUGAUGGUUCAUGGUGGCAAAGUCAUGGCCGAGUCGUUUGUUUUUCUCGAGUACAUUGAUGAGACCUGGACGUAG